AUUCUUUAGGUUGUGUUUUUGUUCUGGAUCACAUACUGCCAACAUUCUCCAUUCUAUAAAUAUUCAGAUGUUCUCUGUGUGUGUGGAUUUCACAACAGCUCCAUAGGAACAUUAUACUGUUGAUUGUGAUCACACAAAGUCAACUUAAAAUAUUGAUAGACUUUUAAAGCAUUUUGCAAUUGACAUCGACCCGAGUUAAUUUUUUCCACCCGGUCGACGAAUUCAGACAUGUUUCGGUAUAUACUGAUUCCAUGACAGGGGUUUAAAUCAGUUCCGGUGUAAACAAUAGAGGUGGAGACGACCCCAAUAUACAACGCAGAAGCAGACGAGGGACGGUAUAAUUCUUGUUAACGGCGUUCAUGUGUCGUGUAGAUCGAUAGAAAAUUGAAGUCACUACGAUUAUUACGGAUGGAUAUUAGUUUUUGUCUUAUGCGUAAUUGUCAAACACAACAUUGAAAAGUCAACUCAACCCUAUUCCAUCAGCAUGGUCUGACAACACAGAAGAAAACACUCGCCUGAAGAUGCUGAAGAAAAGCGCGCCACACAAUGGCGGAUGAUCUGGAGAGAAUCCCCCUGAAUAAGUGGAACCUAUUGAGUGGCGCUUUGCUAACACUGUUGGUACUUGGGAUUGGUGUGACAUUCCUGUUUAUUGGAAUUUUUGAGGAUAUCGAAGACUUGGUUAUAUUAGGGUCCAUAUUUUUAGUGUUCACAGUUUUCGUGGGCAUCUGUGUUUUUUCAACAGUUAUUCGCCCUUACAUUAAGUCAGGGCGGGUUGAGGACGAGGAUUUUACACGGACGUACAAACACGAGAGUGUCGGGUUUUCCCGGAGUGACAAUGACUUGAAGUCGACGGCUGCUUCGUUUGAGCGCAUUCGGAUCGACAGCGAGGAGGAUGGACAAUCCAUCUACGGACAGAGGCGUGCAGAGAGUGUUAUCGUGGAUGUCAAAUCUAGAGCAAAUAGUGCUCACAGUUUGCAACCGCCGACUGAAACUGACGGACGGAAGAAACGUGUAACUUUCUACUGA